AUGAACAACCUCGAGGUACAGCCUGAAAUCGACAAUUUCAUGGAGCUUGGCCUCGAUGGCGACGAUGAUUCCUCAGCAAUCCGGCGCUCUAAGCCGCUGAACGUCAAAUUCAAAGAGAUUUUUAUAUGCGACCUGACGGAAGGGGAGAUUACUGAAGACGUUAUCAAUUUUAUACGAGACUCGGCUGAACAGCUCGCCUAUAUGGUUUCGCUAGUCGAGGACCAAUCAAUGUUGUACCGACGAUUCAAGAACUCGCGCGUGCGAUUCGAUUGUUUUGACUUUCUGGUGUGUUUCCACGCUUACCAUAAGCGCUUGAUUGACGAAUGGCUGGCCUACAAGCGGGAUCUUGUCUCGAUCACCUCUUGCGCCCCACGGAGCUACUACGAUUAUGAAGAAAAUAUUUGGAAAAAGGCCUUCGUUGGAUAUGACGUCCAAUUUAUUGAAGAUCGUCUCGCAGUGAUUACCCGGUCCGACGGGAAAACCGUGACUUCCGUCUUUCGACAGGGAGCCGUUCCC